UCACUUCCCCCGCGGGGACGGAGCGCGCUCGGCGGGGCGGGCGCUGGGGGAGGUGGUGGCGGAGGAUGGGGCUUCCGCAGCCGACCUGAAACCCCGCGGCCGCGGAUUGGCGCAUCCCGCCGGGCCUCAGUCACCGGAGCGGCGGCGGCGCGGGGCACCGACCGGCGUGCUCGUGCGCGGCCCUUCGUGCGCGCGGCGGCGGCGGCGCGGGCACCGACCGGGACCGGCCUCCGCGCGAGGCUUAUGGAGAGCAGAUGCCGCGCUGCCCCGGGACCGAGCGCGGCAUGGCCCUGACCCGGAGCGCGGCCGGCUGGCACCGACCCCGCGGAGGCAGGGCCCGGGCGCGGCCCCGGAGGCCAGCCCCGUUCCUCGCGUCCGCGCCCUCGGCCAUCACGCACACGGCGCCCUGCGAGCCAGCCGCGUGACCUUGAUUCCGCGGGGGACGUGAGCGCGGACACCGGGGUCCGCGGCCGCCUGAGGUCCGGUGCGAGCAGCCGCCGCCAGGCAGCGUCCAGGGUCGAGGACAGCCGGCCCCCCAUGUCAGUGGUCUAGGAUGGCCAGUGAGGGUGCCAGCAUCCCCAGUCCUGUGGUGCGCCAGAUCGACAAGCAGUUUCUGAUCUGCAGCAUAUGCCUGGAGAGGUACAAGACCCCCAAGGUCCUGCCCUGCCUGCACACCUUCUGCGAGAGGUGCCUGCAGAACUACAUUCCCGCCCACAGCUUAACCCUCUCGUGCCCGGUGUGUCGCCAGACCUCCAUCCUGCCUGAGAAAGGGGUGGCUGCACUCCAGAACAACUUCUUCAUCACAAACCUCAUGGACGUGCUGCAGCGAACGCCAGGCAGCAACGGCGAGGACUCUUCCAUCCUGGAGACGGUCACCGCGGUGGCUGCAGGGAAGCCCCUUUCAUGCCCAAACCACGAUGGGAGUGUGAUGGAGUUUUACUGCCAGUCCUGUGAGACCGCCAUGUGUCGAGAGUGCACGGAAGGGGAACACGCGGAGCACCCCACAGUCCCCCUGAAGGACGUGGUGGAGCAGCACAAGGCCUCCCUCCAGGUCCAGCUGGACGCAGUCAACAAAAGACUCCCCGAGAUCGACUCUGCGCUGCAGUUCAUCUCGGAGAUCGUGCAUCAGCUGACCAGCCAGAAGGCCAGCAUCGUGGACGACAUCCACUCCACCUUCGACGAGCUGCAGAAGACGCUCAACGUUCGCAAGAGCGUGCUGCUCAUGGAGCUGGAGGUCAACUACGGCCUCAAACACAAAGUGCUGCAGUCGCAGCUGGACACCCUGCUGCAAGGCCAGGAGAGCAUCAAGAGCUGCAGCAGCUUCACGGCGCAGGCGCUCAACCACGGCACGGAGACCGAGGUGCUGCUGGUGAAGAAGCAGAUGAGCGAGAAGCUCACGGAGCUGGCCGACCGCGACUUCCCGCUGCACCCGCGCGAGAACGACCAGCUGGACUUCAUCGUGGAGACCGAGGGCCUCAAGAAGUCCAUCCACAACCUGGGCACCAUCCUCACCACCAACGCCGUCGCCUCGGAGACGGUGGCCACGGGCGAGGGGCUCCGGCAGACCAUCAUCGGUCAGCCCAUGUCCGUCACCAUCACCACCAAGGACAAAGACGGAGAGCUGUGCAAGACGGGCAACGCGUACCUCACCGCCGAGCUCAGCACCCCCGACGGCAGCGUGGCGGACGGCGAGAUCCUGGACAACAAGAACGGCACCUACGAGUUCCUCUACACCGUGCAGAAGGAGGGCGACUUCACCCUGUCGCUCAGGCUCUACGACCAGCACAUCCGAGGCAGCCCGUUCAAGCUCAAGGUCAUCCGCUCCGCCGACGUGUCCCCCACCACCGAGGGCGUGAAGCGGCGCGUCAAGUCCCCCGGCAGCGGCCACGUCAAGCAGAAGGCGGUGAAGAGACCCGCCAGCAUGUACAGCACCGGCAAGAGAAAAGAGAACCCCAUCGAGGACGACCUGAUCUUCCGAGUGGGUACCAAAGGAAGAAACAAAGGCGAGUUCACGAACCUGCAGGGUGUCGCUGCCUCUACGACUGGAAAGAUAUUAAUUGCAGACAGUAACAACCAGUGUGUACAGAUAUUUUCCAAUGACGGCCAGUUCAAGAGUCGCUUCGGCAUCCGAGGGCGGUCCCCCGGGCAGCUGCAGCGGCCCACGGGGGUGGCGGUGCACCCCAGUGGGGACAUCAUCAUCGCAGACUACGAUAACAAGUGGGUUAGCAUUUUCUCCAGCGACGGCAAGUUCAAGACAAAAAUCGGAUCGGGAAAACUGAUGGGGCCCAAAGGAGUUUCUGUGGACCGCAACGGCCACAUUAUUGUGGUGGACAACAAGGCGUGCUGCGUGUUCAUCUUCCAGCCCAACGGGAAAAUAGUCACCAGGUUUGGUAGCCGAGGAAACGGGGACAGGCAGUUUGCAGGUACACUUGACGGUCCCCAUUUUGCAGCUGUAAAUAGCAAUAAUGAGAUCAUCGUUACAGAUUUCCAUAAUCAUUCCGUCAAGGUAUUUAAUCAGGAGGGAGAAUUCAUGUUGAAGUUCGGCUCAAAUGGAGAGGGCAACGGGCAGUUCAAUGCGCCAACAGGAGUGGCUGUGGACUCCAAUGGAAACAUCAUUGUGGCCGACUGGGGCAACAGCAGGAUCCAGGUUUUUGACGGGAGUGGAUCAUUUUUGUCCUAUAUCAACACAUCUGCUGACCCGCUCUAUGGCCCUCAAGGCCUGGCCCUAACCUCAGAUGGCCACGUUGUGGUUGCAGACUCCGGAAACCACUGCUUCAAGGUCUAUCGGUACUUACAGUAACAGCGGACAGCCCUGUAUUGAGGUCUUGCACUAGAAACUGGAAUGGAGUUCUCGAUGUGGGACCAGAUCACAACAGGACUUUUCAAACUAGGAAGAAUCUUUGGUGAACUUUCCAAGGUUAUUUCUGAAUGUAACAAUUUCCUUAAAAACUGCUUAUUCAAUUUCCAUAAUUCACUUUUAGGAUUUAAAAAGAAUCUCUUCUACUGGAUCUAUACAAACUGCAAAGUUUUACACCUGUGAACUAUGGCUCAUAGGACAGGGAUUACAUAGUUAAACUAAUUUUGCAAAUCAGACAUUAAAAAGAAUUAGCAAAUCUGUUGACCAGUGAAUGAAUGGUAAGCCUUUGCAUAGCGCUUCCAAGAACAAAACUUGUAGGUACCUGUUUUAUCUAACUUCAAUCACAAGACCCAAGGGCCCUUCUAACCUCACUUUUAUAGUAGGUGUUAUUACUCUGGUGACAUUUUUUUGGUUAUCAACAACCACAUAUAAAUUACUUUAGAAAAAUCCAAGGCUGUCCUGGAAGGCCCUCCCAGCUCUCACUCAGGGCCCUCUUGAGUUGAGCCCAUCAGAAUCAAUGCAAAUUUCCCAACCUUUCUGGGUUCAAUCAAAGAUUAUUUUCCGUGUGUUCUCUUCACCUUUCUCGUUUCUGCUCACCUCACAUCAGAAAAUGAAAUAUAAUUUCAGGAAAACCUGAAAUUCCCGAUGCUCUGGAAGGCAUAUAGCAAAAGCAACGGAACCUUCUGGUGUCAAUUUCCGGUCAGCACACUGGGAUGUAACCAAGAGAAGUCAUGUUCAUGUGCCCUGUGUUCAUACGUCUUCUGCCACAUCAUGAAAGCGAAAGCUUUACCUCCUGAAACAUGUCAGCACGUGUAGUCGGACACCAGUGUCCUGGGACAGAGAGCCUUAAGCAGCCCUUUGGAAAAUGGACGGUGUCAGCCAAAGGCAUGUGAUUGAUUAAUGAUCUCCCUUAGCGAGCAAGUGUUACCAAAGUUCUGUUGCGCAUUACAGGUAAGGGCAUGCUGUGGUUACUUAUCAUUGUCUAAUGAAUAGAAGAGGCAUUAAGGAACAAGUAUACAUGGUUAGGGUAAGAUAGAAUGUAUUAUACAUAUACAUAUAUAUAUAGCUGAACCCUUGGUGUGUGAAAGCAGGCAGCGCUCCGAAGGACAGAAGCCUUGUCCAGCCACCCUUCCCACAUUUCCUUGCUGCUGCAGUCUGAAGCCGUCCUUGUGGAGGGAGCCUGACAGCAGGUUUGAGUGUUUCCGUUUUCUGGCACGUGGUGGUACCUGACUUCCAGUCAGCAAAUGGUCUUCUUUGUUUUCAAGAAAAAAAGGAAGGAAAGAAGAAAGAGAAAGAGAAAGAGAAAGAAAGAAAGAAAGAAAGAAAGAAAGAAAGAAAGAAAGAAAGAAAGAAGGAAAAAGGCAUCACUUAAAAAUUGAGUUUGAAUUACCUUUCAUUUAAGUAUAAAUGCAUUUUGAGAAACAUUCCUGUCAUGGAUACUGUAAAAUAAGAUAUGAUCUCCUUCCUCUGUUUGAUUUUCUACCCAGUCCUACCAAAUAGGAAAGCUGUGUUUGGCAUGUUUGAUAAUGAAUAUGGGAUGUCGUUCAUUGAAGCACCUUAGACAUACACUGUAAAAACACUUCCCUUAGCUAUAUAUAAUGACAUUUAUGGCUUAUUAUCUUAAAAUUCAAAUGUUCUCGAUAUAAGACUUUUAAAAAAUUUAGAAGGAAAAUCUCGCUACUCCCAAAAGUCUAUUUAAUUUAUUAUAUCCAAAUCAACACCUGGGCAGAAAAACUUUAUUUUCAGGAGAUUUACAUUAGGGUUUAGCUUAUUAUUAUUAUUUUAGUUCUGUGGGGUUUUAAAAUAUUCAAGCCUGUUUGUGAUAGAUAUAAAAUCCAAUACCAGUUUUAGAGUGAUGAAGUAAGACUACUUCUGAAAUACCACGAAAUAAGUCUUUGACUUUCUCUUUUAAUUUUUUUCUUGGUGCUGGGGAUGGAACCCAUGGCCCCAGACGUGCUCAGCAAGAGCUCUAUAGCUGGGCAGUGCCUGCAGCCCAAGCCUUCAGUCUGAAGGUCAGUGUUCAUUCCUACAGACUUCCUGCCAGGAGCCAGGGGCACAUCCAGGCACUGGGACCACAGGGACUCACAGAAGAGAGAGGCGUCUCUGUCCUCUUACAGUUUAUGUUCCGGCAAAGACAUUUUGUUGUGCUGUUAAUUAACAGUCUGUCUGUAGAACUGUUUCUGGGCUAUUUAAAAGAAAGCUUUUUUUAAAACGAGUAAAUUAAUUUUAGUUAAUUUUCACAAGCAGAAAACAAGUUUUUUAAGAGUCUGCCACAGGCUAUUUUGUUUGUUUGUUUGUUGUUUUUGUUUGUUUGUGGUGCUGGGGAUGGUAUAAUCCUGGUUCAGGCACACUAGGCUUAUGUGCUACAGCUGAGCUGUGCCUCCAGGUUACAACUAUUAGUUUAAAAAUGAUUUACUGAAUGAGUUUUUUUGUACAACAUUGAGAUAUUUGUGGACUGAGAAAUUAGUUCAUAAACCAGUCAGCCUCAGGCUGAUAGCUCAAUUGGAAAUAAUACAAAUUGAGUUGUUGUUUUUUUGAAACACACAAAUAUUGGUACAAACUGGAAUGAGAGAAUACUUUAAUUUAGGCCUGUCCCACCAUUGCUACUGGAACACCUGCCGUCAGCGCUCCAGGAAACACUCCUUGGGCACUUGUACACUUGGGCACGUGUGUGCACUUACUGUUUUCCAUUGUGGUAAGCAUAUUUUAAGGGGAAAGUGCUGCUGCUAAGAGACAAAUAGACAAGAUCUAAAUGAAAUCUUGUCUUAUUUGCUCACAAUGCUUUCUGGUAAACUAAGAUGGAUUAUUAAAAUAAGGGGUUUUAUUGUUCUAGGCUAUUGUUACUGCUUAAUUUAUCUUUGUCAAGUGUUUAGAACCUAUCGCACACUCAUGAUAUGUAGCGCUGAGAAAGGAAGCAUUCAGAUUUCCCGUGGGCACUAGGAUGAAACAGUUAAGUUCUAAAGGUUAAUGGCAGUGUGUCUUCUCCUGCUGGACACGCAUGGGUGGUAGGGAGCCACGUGACCAUCCAGAGACACACGACUAGAAAGCCUCUCUGACAGUUUGCCAGUUUGUAACGGAUGUAUAAGAUUUUGAUGAGACUUUAGUUUCUGUAACCGGACGAGCCCCCAAGUUUCCUAAAAUGGAUGAUGUGAGGCAUUAAGUCUCUCUGGUCCAUGCAGAGGCUGCACAGCUGCUCCCAUUCCUGCACAGGGCACAUCUGUCCUCACAGGGAAUGCACUGGAACCGAGGCGCAUUCCCAGGGACGCAGAGCCGGGUUAGCAUAACCGAGGUGGUAAUGCCUCCCGAGGAGGCUGGAGCCAGCCACCAGCAUCAGGCCACCAGCAGUCGCUUCCGCUGGGAAGAUGCUCUGUACACACUUACACGCUAGGGCACCCGCUCUCCACCAGCUUCGGAAUGCUUUAAAAAAGACCUUUUCCAGUAGGAUAACAUGAAGCUGCCUGAUGCAAACCUUAUCUAAUUUCCCUUAAAAUCGAAAGUCCUAAUACUGUUACUUUAUGUAAAUGUUGCAGGGUUUUAAAAUCUACAGUUAUUUUACUAUUUUUGAUAACUAGGAAUCUAGUCUUGCCAUAAAGGUAACUAAGUGCCCAUUAAACAUUUGUUUGGUAAAAAAAAAAAAAAAUGAUUUUUUGGUUUUGCUUUAAAUGACAGUAAGCUACAAAUCGCGAUGCUAAUCUUCAAAAACACUUUCUAAUGACGAGCUGUGUGGUAGUGAUUGUGUGGUCUGUUUGUGGAGAGUGUAUGGAUGCUAUGCAUUGGUAUUCUAGAAGAGAUUAACAAUCAGCUAUGUUGUUCCAAUGAAUGUACAGCACUUCCACUGACUUUUAAAGCAACACAGCCUUAACCUCAAUGCUUUUGCUUUUCAACAUGGGGUGUUGUGUUCUCAGCAAAGGGUCCUCUGCUAACGUCUCUCUGCCAUUCCCAAGUGUGCAGCCUCCUGAGCCUGCCUGAGUAUGAGGGCCAUCCAUUCCCUUGUUGUUUCUUUGAAGAUUUUGUACAUUCCACCUCAACAGAUCUGUUUCAUACAUUUUGCGUGUAGAACGCAGCUGGUCUUGUGCCAUCGAUAACGAUUUCGCCUUCUCAUAUGUUCUUUCAUGAAUUGAAAUGCUGACUGCCUAUUUAUAGAAGAAUGGACGCUGUGCAUCGACCUGUUUGUAUGUUCGUAGCUACAUACGUACCACAGUAUUUUGGAUGCUUUAGUCUAUAAUAAAACUUUAAAUUAAUUCUGUCUUGAAACACAGGAGAAACAAGAUUUCAUGUGUAUAUCGUUACCAUGCACAAAAAUCUCAAAUCAUUAUAAUAAAGCUUGUUUUCUCCAUCUGCA